AUGGCUGUCCCCCUGGGCUCAGUGAGCUACACAUCUGUCUGGGUGACAGGUCUUUGCCUGUCCCCCAUGGCUGUCCCCCUGGGCUCAGUCUUCCCGUGCCUGUCCCCCAUGGCUGUCCCCCCUGGGCUCAGUGAGCUACACAUCUGUCUGGGUGACAGGUCUUCCCCGUGCCUGUCCCCCAUGGCUGUCCCCCCUGGGCUCAGUGAGCUACACAUCUGUCUGGGUGACAGGUCUUCCCCGUGCCUGUCCCCCAUGGCUGUCCCCCCUGGGCUCAUGAGCUACACAUCUGUCUGGGUGACAGGUCUUCCCGUGACUGUCCCCCUGGCUGUCCCCCUGGGCUCAGUGAGCUACACAUCUGUCUGGGUGACAGGUCUUCCCGUGCCUGUCCCCCAUGGCUGUCCCCCUGGGCUCAGCUACCCUGCCGCCCCAAUAACUAACUGUCACCCCCUGGAUAAUGCUGUGUUUGUCUGCAGGCACUGGCUGGUGAUCACAGAGGAUGGUCAUUUCGUGACGGGCAGACAGGAGCCUCGCCUUGUUCUGGUAUCUCUGACCAGCGAGGGGGGGCAGACGUGUCUGAACGGACCAGACAUGGAGGAGCUCAGGUUCCCCCUACUGCAGCCCGACAACCCUGUGAUUGACUGCAGAGUGUUUAGUACAGACAUCCAGGGCAGGGACUGUGGAGACGAGGCGUCUAGCUGGCUGACCCGCUACCUGGGGGCAGGUAAAACCUAUCGCCUGGUGCACUUUGAACCCCACAUGACACACAGGAUAUCAGCGGAUAGCGAGCCUCUCUUUCCUCGCGAUGAAAAGAUAGUGUACAAUGACCUUGGCCCUAUCAUGCUGCUGUCUGAAUCCUCUGUGAAGGACCUGAGCAGUAGGCUGGAGAAGGAGGUCACCGUGGCACGGUUCCGACCCAGCAUCGUGGUCAGUGAUUGUGAUGCUUUUGAUGAGGAUUCUUGGGAAGAUAUUCAGAUUGGCAAUGUGCGGCUGCACCGUGUGAUGGCGUGUGGGAGAUGCAUCUCCACCACGGUUGACCCUGAAACAGGAGUCAUCAGCAGGAAACAACCACUGGACACACUCAAAAGCUAUCGAAUGUGUGACCCAUCCCAGAAGAACAUCUAUAAAGCAGCACCACUGUUUGGACAGAUGUAUAUCGUCAGCAAGACAGGGGUGCUCCAGGUUGGAGAUGUGGUGUACGAGACCAGCCACUGAGAUGGAUGGAAGACUAGCUACUAUAAUAUACGCUUUACAUGUAGUAGUGUGAUGGCAUAGAUGAUUAGAAAGUCACAAAAUAACAAAUAGAACAGAAUACCGCUUUUCAUAUUUUGCAGUUAAAUCAUUCUUUCUAAGUAGGCUGAAGAUUAUGAGAUUAUAUGAGAUUAUGAGAUUAUAUGGGGGAAAAACAUUUUUUUUAAUCCUUUUUAUGAUUGAGAACAUUAGUAGUUGGUUUUAAUGUGUGUUCUGUAUGAGCUUGAAAAGAUAAAUGUUUAUCGUGGAAAGGAAAACAACCAAUCAAACAGUGCUAGUGCUGAGAGGGCAAGUCUACCGGGGUGCGUUCAGUUCAAUAAAAGUUUUGCUACAUACAGUGCUAGUGCUGAGAGGGCAAGUCUACCGGGGUGCGUUCAGUUCAAUAAAAGUUUUGCUACAUACAGUGCUAGUGCUGAGAGGGCAAGUCUACCGGGGUGCGUUCAGUUCAAUAAAAGUUUUGCUACAUACAGUGCUAGUGCUGAGAGGGCAAGUCUACCGGGGUGCGUUCAGUUCAAUAAAAGUUUUGCUACAUACAGUGCUAGUGCUGAGAGGGCAAGUCUACCGGGGUGUGUUCAGUUCAAUAAAAGUUUUGCUACAUACAGUGCUAGUGCUGAGAGGGCAAGUCUACCGGGGUGCGUUCAGUUCAAUAAAAGUUUUGCUACAUACAGUGCUAGUGCUGAGAGGGCAAGUCUACCGGGUGCGUUCAGUUCAAUAAAAGUUUUGCUACAUACAGUGCUAGUGCUGAGAGGGCAAGUCUACCGGGUGCGUUCAGUUCAAUAAAAGUUUUGCUACAUACAGUGCUAGUGCUGAGAGGGCAAGUCUACCGGGGUGCGUUCAGUUCAAUAAAAGUUUUGCUACAUACAGUGCUAGUGCUGAGAGGGCAAGUCUACCGGGGUGCGUUCAGUUCAAUAAAAGUUUUGCUACAUACAGUGCUAGUGCUGAGAGGGCAAGUCUACCGGGGUGCGUUCAGUUCAAUAAAAGUUUUGCUACAUACAGUGCUAGUGCUGAGAGGGCAAGUCUACCGUCUACCGGGGUGCGUUCAGUUCAAUAAAAGUUUUGCUACAUACAGUGCUAGUGCUGAGAGGGCAAGUCUACCGGGGUGCGUUCAGUUCAAUAAAAGUUUUGCUACAUACAGUGCUAGUGCUGAGAGGGCAAGUCUACCGGGGUGCGUUCAGUUCAAUAAAAGUUUUGC